ACUGACCCACCAUGUACUACCUCAACUUGAGACUCGUAUAAAUAUCUCUAGAUCCCUUCAAUCCCUCAACCUCAUCAGCAUACACAUACACAGCAUACACAACCCCAGAAACCGCAUCACAAUGUCCGCCCCAAACACACAACCUUACCAUCUCCCCCCGGACGCAGUCUGGUUCAUAACCGGCUGCUCCUCCGGAAUCGGCCACGCCCUAGCACAGCACAUCACCACCCACCACCCCACAAACCGCCUCGUCGCAACAGCCCGCAACCCUUCCACCCUCUCCACCCUCCCAACGACACCCAACAUCCUCAAACUCCCCCUCGACGUCACCUCCACCACCUCAAUCGAAUCCAGCAUCCGCGAAACGCUAACCAAAUACCACCGCAUCGAUGUCCUCGUCAACAACGCCGGGUACACUCUCGUCGGGGACACCGAAGUAGCAGAAGACGGGGAGUCGCGGGCCCUCUUCGACACGAAUUUCUGGGGUAUGGUGGAUACCACGAAGCGAGUAUUGGGGAUUAUGCGCGAGGGAAAGGGUGGAGUUGUCCUGAAUGUUAGUUCUUUGGGUGGCUUUGUGGGGUUCCCGGGCAGUGCGUUUUAUCAUGCGAGUAAGUUUGCGAUGGAGGGGUGGACGGAGGCCGUUGCGAAGGAGUUGCCGGGGAGUUGGAAUGUUCAUCUGUGCAAUAUCGAGCCUGGGGGCGUCAAAACCAAUUACGCGACUACGAGUCUGAAAUCGAUGGCCAAAGGGAGACAUCCUGCUUAUGCGGAUCCGACUUAUCCUACUAGUGUCUUGUUGGAAUAUAAGAGCAAAGAGGAGAAUCGACGGUUGUGGGCGGAGCCGGAUGCGAUUGCGGCGGCGAUUUAUCGGCUUGUUAGUCGUGGAGAAAGGAUUCCUAUACGGGUGCCGUUGGGAGCUGAUGCGCGAGGAAUGAUUUUGAUGGAUUUGGAGGGGGUGAAGAGGGAUUUGGAGGAGUUGGAGGAAUUGAGUCUCAGUGUUGGGAAUGCGGAGCAGUUGGAUUCGAUUGCAUUUUUGAGGAAGGAGUAGUUGGGAUUUGGUGUUUGUAUUUAUAGUAUCGCCAGGUCUUGGAUGUAUGUAUAAGAGCUCGUCGAUUAUGCGGGCUUAUUUAGUAUGAUAGCUAUUUUACCACCUAGUCACCUAAUCGACAUUCAAUACGGC